CGACGUUUCAGGCAAGCCGACGUACCGUACGUCAAUGCGGUAGUAGUGUAGUUUAGGGAUCUCUGUGUAUUAUCCUCUACAAUCGCCCCAGAACUGCCUUUCUGCUAGCCGCGACACAUUUUUUCGGUGAAGUGCCAUUCAAACAGUCAUGGGGAACGCAGAGAGCGGCUGCGGUGGAGGCAGCGGCGACGACGAAGACGUAGAAACGGGGAGCCCCGCUCUGGCGGAAGACAGUCCGGCCUCUGCGGCCACAGGCGUCGGAGGAACGGGUCCUGGGAGAGGCGGAAGAGCACCGAAGAAUGUCGCCGUGCCCACCGGUGGACCGCCGAGCCCCGCUGUCCUCUUCGAACAAGUGAAACUAAGAGAAGCGGCGGCCCGUAUUAGCGACUCGGGAGUCGUCAUCCGGGAGUCUGUCCUGGCAGGGAACGAAGGAGUGCUGGUCCGGUGGCUGGAGGAGCGGCUAAACCGAGGAGAAGAGUCUGUCAAUGUUGAACAGUUUUGUGAGAUGUUGGAGAGCAGAGAUGCCCCGAGAGACGAGUGUGAAGAGGCCUUUGGACAGUUUGAUGCAGAAGGGGACGGGGUGGUGGAUGUAGAGAGCAUGCUGAUUACUCUUAAGAAUUCCAAUGGCGCUAAUCUGCGGGGAGAGCUGAGUCAUGUAAUAAGACAGCUGCAGGCGUGCUCCCUAACCCCAGGUUUUGUUGACAUUUUCUCCAAGACCAAAGACCGGUUGGGAUCGCAUGCCUUCAAGAUCCUGAAAUUCUUGCACAGGAAUCACAUUCCCAGCAGUGCCAUCCCUUUCCCCAUUUUAGAGGGCUACAACAGUAUCUGCACCAUGAGGUCUAGCGUCAUCCAGGACUUCCUAGAGUUCCUCCUGCAAAAGGAAAAAGAUCUGGAUAUUCAGUACAGAGCAGAGCUGGACCGUGACCCAGAAGUGGACAAGGUCAAGGUGGUCACACAGUGCUACAGCUCAAUCGAAGCAUCAUCCAACGUUGCUGAUGUUUACAAGAUGACAAACGGAGAAACGUCGUCAUUCUGGCAGUCUGACGGCAGUGCACGCUCGCACUGGAUAAGAUUGAAACUGAAACCAGAGUUGGUUUUGAGGCGUCUGGCCAUUGCCGUGGCGGCCAAUGACCACAGCUACAUGCCUCAGCUGGUCUCAGUCAUGGUGGGCAAAAAUCGCCAUUCCCUGCACAAGAUCAGAGAUAUCCGCAUUCCCAGCAAUGUGACGGGCUACGUUGCACUCUUGGAGAAUGCCAACAUCACGCACCCCUACAUCCAAAUUAACAUCAAGCGGUGCCUGAGCGAUGGCUGCGAUACACGGAUUCAUGGUUUGAAGACACUGGGCUAUCAGAUUACCAAGAAUAAAGAGGUGUCUGUCUCGGACGCUUCGGCCAUCUGGUACCUGUCUCUCCUCACCUCCUUGGUCACUGCCUCGAUGGAGACCAACCCUGCGCUGGCACAGACUGUACUUCAGAGCACUCAGAAAGCGUUACAACACAUGCCACCAUUGUCCCUGACGCCAUCGUCCACCGAUUUCCCCAAGUUCUUCUCUUUGAACAUCCUCGAGGAGGUGGACGCAUUUCUCCUGAGGAUAGCUGACUGCUGUGUGAGUCCUGAUGCCGAGCUGACCCUCCUCGCCUUCGCUCUGGCCAGAGGCAGCGUGGCCAAAGUGCUCCAAGCCCUUUGCUGCAUCAGUGAUCACUUACAGACGGAAUACAAGGCCUCCUCCCUCAUCCUUUCAAUGGCCUCCGUCAGGCUACAGCUGCUCUAUCGAAACGGGAAGCCUCUUCAGCUGCACUUACAGGCCUGCGAUGUAAAGAGUAAAGAGGAGAAAUCGGGACCAGAGAACAUGUUUACAGAAUCCUCCACUGGAGACGGUUUUCUCACUGAAAGUGGCAAGAAGAAAGCCAGCGUGAUCCUGUCCACCGAGGACCACGCCAAUUUUCAGGUCACUCAAAUGAAGAUAAAUGUGCGAAAAGGGGCCAUUGGAGCAAAAUGUGGCUUGGUGUUUGCUUACAAGGACGAAGAACCCUUUGACGCAGAAAAGCAUUUCAAGAGGUUCAGCAAGUACGAUGCGUGGGACUACAAGGACUACAAAGUGUUUGUGCAAGACAAUGUGAGGAUUCCAGCACUGUCCGAGGAUGAUCCCAUUGGUUGGUUUGAGGUGGAGGAGGACUGGAAUGAUGUGGAGCUCAAGCUGCAGCAGUGUCGUGUCGCAAAGUUUCUGAUGGUCAAGUUCCUGUGCACCAGGCAGGACACUGCUGAGCGCCUCGGGGUGCAGUCGCUCAGCUUCAGUGGCUACUCGUGUGUUGAAACGGAGAAGCUGGGAGACCUUGAUGACCUUAGCUCUGAGGGAGAGCACUGCAAGCACGAUGCUGUCACUGGCCUUUGUCUUCUGAACAAGACUUUGUUCUUCAUUCAACAGCUGACACGGGAUUUGGAUACCUCUCACUUAAAGUUAAAGUAUCUUCUGGACUUUACUGGGCUUAAACUGGACCUCUUCUGGAGCUUCUACAGUAAACUGAUGGUGAUUGAGGGAGAAGAGGUGUUGAGGAGUCGAAUCCAUCUACUUCAGUUGCUGCAGAACUGCUUCCCCAUGCUGCCCGGCCCUUCGCCCGCUCGGCCCCCAGAGGCGAGUGGCGCAACGGUUGAUCCAGCAGCAGACGGACCAUCCACAUCCAGCAGCGUGGAGCCCGUCAGUGAUUCUGUCAGGGCGGUUCAGGAGCUUUACUCUCACCUCUGCCACAUCGUGAAUGAGCCUGAGGGGGAGACGUUAGUGGAAAAAGCCUUGCGCAAGGAGGCUGUGAAGGCCAUUCUUACUGGAGCAGCCGUUUUCUUCCCUGAUAAACACAUCAGGCGGGACAAACUCUUCAACAUGAUGAAAAAUAUCACAGAAGAUCAGCUGCCGUCAGUCAGAGUGACAUUUGAGUCGCUGUGUAAUUACUUCAGUGACCAGGAUCCCAGUGGCCUUCUCCUGCUCCCACCUAAAGGCGCUCACGCAGACUUCGACGUCAACACAAGUCUAGGAGUAAUGGAGACACUGCUGCAGGUGGCAAGACGAGAGUGUGAGGUUAUGAUGGUGGAUGAAAGUGGUGGAUCCAGUAGAGCAGUGUUGCUGUCCUUGUUCUGGGCUCUGCAAGGUAGCCUCCUCUCUUGGUGCUACCUCCAACUCAAAGGAAGCGCCUCCACUGCUGCUACCAUGGAGCUGGUCAGAGACAUGCUACUACAAUAUGUGAAUCUGUUCUUGGCAAGUAUUAAAGGCAUACUCGCUUCACUGCUGGAGAAGUACACUGGCACUGAGAUUACCAACAAGCUAGGCAACUCCAUCUUUGCCACAGUCUUCAGACAGCUGCUCGUUUUCCUCCUGGAACUUUGCUCUUUGGACAUUCCUCACUGUCUGCUGCUCAAGAGCUUCUCAUCUCUGAUCGAACUCCUCAAAAGUCUAUCCAGUGGCACAGGAAACAUCUUUUCAAAGGUGGACCAAGAGAGCUGGCACCAGCCUCAACAGCCUGUGGUGCUGAGGACCUGGACCAUGGAGUCCUCUCAUAACUAUGAAGACAGCCGGCAUGAGACCAGCAUCUUCGCCUGCCCUGGUGCUACUUGCUUUGAAGUAGAGUUUGAUGAACGCUGUGAGACAGAGAAGAGGUAUGACUACCUAGAAUUCACCGACUCCAGGGGUGGGAAGUUUCGCUAUGACAUGAAGGUUGGAACUGAGAAGUGGCCAAAGAAGGUAACGUUUGACACGGGCCCUCAGCUUCAGUUCCUCUUCCACUCUGACAGCAGCAAUAAUGAGUGGGGUUACAAGUUCACUGUCACAGCCAUGGGUCUACCGGACAUCACCAUUUCAUGGAUGUCUGACCUGCAGCUGCUUGUGGCUCGCCUAAUGGGGCGUCUUGCCUCCAGAACCCUGGCGCUCAAGUCACCUCAUGAGGUGCGCUCUGUGAAAGAGCUUCCGCCUUGGAAAGUGUCUCAUGUUCAGUCUUCACCUCUGUGGAAACCCAUUCUCAGGCACGGGUUGUGUGAGUCAAGGGACACAGAUCAGAACAAAUCAGUUCAGAUUAAUACCUAUAAACUUGAUGACGUAAUGAGGUUCCUGGAGAACUUUGCCCGAUGGAACCCCUCCCAAAAGCCGACAGACACUGGAACAGAACUGUUGAGAAUCCUUGUGCAGGGCUGCAGAAAGCAGGCAGUGAGGAAUGAGAUCGCCACCGGGUCAAUGACAGACCAUGCGGUGAAUGCCAUUUGGGCAGCCAUGGUCUACCAUACACCUGCCCUCAUCCAUGCCCUGAAGACCUACGUCAAUCAAGAAUGCAAGUCCUGUUUCAGUGAGGACUUUGUGCAGGUGUAUUCACUGGCAGACAGCAUCAGAACAUGGAUGUUGGAGAUGAAGCAGAGAUACAUUGUGGGCAAAAUGAAUGCUCCCGAUGAGAAGGAAGAAGGUCCUGAUGAGGUCACUAUGGAGACACUAGCUGAGAUGUGCAUUGAAAAGUCCCUCCUGCUCUUCAGUUUUUCUCCUUGUGGCAUGCUGUGCACAGACUGUGAUUCGUCCAAAACUGCAGAGGGCAGCAGUGAUCCUCUUCACUGCCCUAGCUCAAUCUCUGAAGAUGAUUUCCAGGCCGGCUCCUCGCUUGAGCAUCCGACGGUGUCUGCAGACAACGUCGGGGCCAAGCCAGGACAGAGCCAACUUCCCAGUGUCCCGAUCCCUUCAUGCGUGCACUGCAAGUCAGGCCACAAAGGCUCCACAGAGAGCCUCUCAUCCUGGGGAGCCGGCAGUCCAGCCUCUCCUUCUGCCUUAUCCCAUAAAGCCUCAUUCAGCCGAGCACGGCUGCGCCUCCUCUCAUGCCGCUCGAUAGAAGAACCGUGCGCGACCCCCUCUAUCAAGGAUCGCUACCUAGUUCUCAAACACAUACUGAACUUCAUCAAGGACAAUGCUCUCACAACAGCAAACAUCCUGCAGACCCUGUCGCUGAACAAAGCUCAGGCUGUUAGUGUGUGCAAAGUCCUGGAGAUCGUUCAAGAGUGUUUGCAUUCCCUGGGAAAGCCGCACCUUUUCCAAGCCCCCUGCAUCCUGUUUCUACAGGAACUGUUGACAUGUCAGAAAGACUUCACCAGUUAUUUCUCUCAGUUGUCAGACAGUGAGCGAGAGCUUGGGGAACAAGUGCGACGGUCCUACCAUCAGCUGAUCCUAAUCCUGGUGGAGGCAGUCCAAGGUUUUAGUAGUCUCAAUGAAAAAACUCUUCUACCAGCCCUGUCUUGUGUGCAAACCUGCUUGUUGCACCUCCUAGACAUGAAUUGGGAUGUGCACGACCUUCCUCUGUUUCUGAACAUCAAGCUUCCUGAGCUCCUACUAAGCAUGUCCCAGGAGAACAUUAGUGUUCAUGACAUUGCCAUCAGUCAGUGGACAGAAGAGGAUGAAAUUGCAGACUACAAAAAGAACCAGGAGUGGAUGGACGAGUGUAUGGAUGGAAUGUUUGAAAAGUGGUAUGACAAAAUCGAUGAAGAGGACUCCAUGGAGGACAGACGAAAGAUGCACAUGUUUAUUGCACGUCAUUGUGACCUGCUCAAUGUUGUGAUCUCCUGUGACGGCUGUGAGAGGAUGGCACCUUGGCACCGCUACCGGUGUCUGCAGUGCAUGGAUAUGGACCUCUGCAAGACCUGCUUUCUUAGUGGUGCCAAGCCUGAAGGCCAUGAGGAUGACCACGAGAUGGUAAACAUGGAGUAUGCCUGUGACCAUUGCCAGGGCCUCAUUGUAGGCAGCAGGAUCAACUGUAACGUGUGUGAAGACUUUGACUUGUGCUUUGGUUGUUACAAUGCAAAGAAAUACCCUGACAGCCACCUGCCCACCCAUCGCAUCACAGUUUACCCCAUGGUGACCAUUAGAAUAAGUGACCGCCAUCGCUUGAUCCAACCGUACGUCCACAACUACUCCUGGCUUCUGUUUGCUGCUUUGGCCCUCUACACGUCUUCAGAAGUGAGCAUUAAGAAGCAGAUAGAGGGCGAAUCUCUAGACAGUAUCGCCUUGAGUCAGGCCUCAGCCUUGCAGACGUGCUGCUCCAAGCUCAUCACCGAUUGCUUGCUCAAGGGCCAGACGAGAAAAGGUCUACGUUCCUCAGCCUUGCUCAGUCUGCUAUUGUCCAAUGAAUCAGCCUCCGACAGUGAGCUCUGUCCAGUCUCUCCGGGGUCCUCUCAAGAGAUCAGCACCACCACCGAUACCUCAUCUCUUCCUGGUAGCACUGCAGCAGUCUGCUCCCCUUCUUCACCUAAAGACAAGAGUAAGCCAUCGGGAAAAGACCAAAAGCCAAAGGAGGUGAGCUCCCCUCCUUCAGAAAUGUUUUUACCACCAAGAACAACAGAAAUCGAGAAAAGGAAGCUCGUUACCCAAGAUACUUUGGAGUCAAUCAGCGUGUCCAGCGAGGACCCCCUCUCCCCGGUGAUCAGACCUUCAGAGUCUAGUCCAGCAGUCACCUCUCCAGCAUCAGACACUGUAAAGGAAACAGAUGACCGACUCCCCAAGGUUCCCCUCCAGGAGCAUGUCUUUUCAGAGUGCUCCAGGGAGAGGAUCCUUGGGCUUUUAGCAGCCAUGCUGCCACCAGUCAAGCCAGGGAGCACUCUGUGUCUGCCAAGCGUAAGCGCCAUCCUGCACCAGCUUUUCAGGGCCGUCAUUUCCAAUGCUGGUUCUCUUAACGAGACAUACCACCUCACCCUGGGCCUACUGGGCCAGUUGCUGAUGCGAAUCCCUCCGAUUGAGGCUGACUGUGCUGUUACUGAGGCCCUGACGGACAAAUAUGAGCUGCUAACGCAGGGAGAGGCAGCCAUUUCAGACACUAAUGGCUGGAAGACUAUCCAGUUGCUCUUCUGCUUGGGAGCUGUUUGUUUAGACAGUCGUAUUGGUCUGGAUUGGGCUUGCACAGUGGCAGAUAUUUUGCACAAUCUGAACACUUGUCCUGAGUGGAGCACCGUCAUUGCUGCCUUCACUGACCAUUGCAUUCUACAGCUGCCACAAACACUCAAACGUACCAACCUCUUCACCCUGCUGGUGUUAGUGGGAUUCCCAGAGGUGCUGUGCGUUGGCACACAGACCGUGUUUAUUGACAACGCUAAUGAACACCACAACAUGAUCUUGCUCAAACAUUUUACUGAAACAAACCAAGCGGCUGUGGUGGACAUCAAGACACGCAAGAGAAAAACAGUGAAGGACUACCAACUCAUCCAGUCUCAGGAUUCGACAGCAUGCCUUCCAGGGCAGGCAGAGAGCCAAUGCUCUCCUAAGACGCUGCUCAGCCGCUACCUGGCCAACUUCAUCUCCAUCAUCUGCCACCUGCUGCAGACCAGCCAGGAAAAUGGUUCUCCUGAUGCUGUGGAGGCAUCUUGGGUUCUCUCUUUGGCACUGAAAGGCCUCUACAACACAAUAAAAAACAUCGGCGUGGCGCAAGCUCAGGAAGCUGUCCGGCAGUCGGGAUUGACCCAGCUGCUCGUGAGGAAGUGCAGCAAGGGGACGGGUUUCAGCAAGCUGUGGUUGUUGCGAGAUCUAGAAAUUCUCUCCAUCAUGCUGUAUUCCUCUAAGCGGGAAAUACAUUCCAUGGCUCAGGACCCCGAGCGGGACCAAAGAGAGCAGGACAAAGAGCACGACUCGGAUCACUCGAGCAGUAUCGCUGACGACACUGAUGUCAACAAGCCUGAUCCACUAGAUGGUCUUGACGAAGAGACUAAGAUUUGCUUUCAGAUUACCCAUGAUGCCUUAAAUGCUCCUCUACCCAUUCUACGAGCCAUGUAUGAGUUACAGAUGAAGAAAACGGACUCCUUCUUCCUGGAGGUGCAGAAAAGAUUUGAUGGAGAGGAGAUAAAAACAGAUGAGACAAUCCGCACUUUAGCUCAGAAAUGGCAGCCAACCAGACGGCCUCACUCGGAGGAGAGAAACAUCAAGGCUGUCGACACUGAUAUGAUUGUGGCAGCCUGCAUUUCUAAGCCCAGUCAAUGUGACAAGGCCACAGAGGAGAUCAACAUAGUGACACAGAGACUCAUCACCAACUCAGAGAGCGACUUGCAGCUCAGCUACGCCAAACAACGACGCACAAAAAGCUCAGCCUUGCUGCACAAAGAGCUGGAUGUUCGCAGCAAUCGGGCAGUUGGUCAGUACUUGGUAAAGGUCAACCAUGCCAUCGCCACGCUGUAUGCCCGCCAUGUGCUAGCGGCCCUGCUGGCCGAUUGGCCUGCCGAGGCGCCGUUGAGCGAGGAGGCCUUGGAACUGAACGGUGCAUCUCACAUGGCCUACAUCCUGGAUAUGUUAAUGCAGCUGGAGGAGCGGCCGCUGUGGGAGAAGAUUCUCCAGAGGGUCUUGAAAGGCUGCAGCCAAAGUAUGUUGUGCAGCCUGUGCCUCACUGCCUGUCAGUUCAUGGAAGAGCCAGGCAUGGCCGUGCAGGUCAGAGAAUCCAAACACCCAUACGACAACAACACUAACUUUGAGGACAAGGUGCACAUCCCAGGGGCCAUUUACUUGUCCGUAAAAUUUGAUUCCCGCUGCCACACAGAGGAAGGUUGUGAUGAAUUUAUCAUGUCCAGCAGUAGUGACUUCCUGCAGGAUGUCCACAUCUUCAGUGGCUCCCCUCAGAAAUGGUCUGACUUUGAGAUUCCAGGUGACACCCUGUACUACAAGUUUACGUCAGACAUGAGCAACACAGAGUGGGGCUACAAGUUCACGAUUACAGGAGGUCACAGGGGUCGCUUUCAGACAGGUUUUGAGAUCCUGAAGCAAAUGUUGACUGAUGACCAAGUGCUCAGUCAGCUGCCAUUGGCUGACAUCUGGGAGUGGCAAGUGGGUGUGGCCUGUCGCCAAACGGGGAACCAGAGACUCAAAGCUAUUCACUUGUUGCUCCGUCUCCUGCAGUGCCAAUCCCAUGCAGCCUAUGUGCUGACCCUGCUUCGACCUCUGUGGCAGCUCUUUAUGUCCAUGGAAAACAGCUUGAGCCAGGACCCUACCAGCAUCACCGUGCUGCUGCCUCUUCACAGAGCUCUCACAGAACUCUUCUUCAUAGCAGAGGCGCACGCCAUUACGCAGGGAAUCCUCCAGGAGUACUUGUUAGCAAUGACCACUGAUGAGCAACUCCUAAAUCACACGGCAUUGGCUCUGAAGAACAUCGCUGCCAUCAGCCUGGCUAUCAAUUACCCCAAUAAAUCCACCAAGCUGCUCAACGUGUCCACAUGAGAGAUUCGGAGGCAGAGCGGCCCGAGAGGGAUCACGCAACUUGACCAUGAAGGGUGAGGGAGAAAGCGCUCCCCCUGAAGCAGCCGGUGCUUUUUUUUCUUUUUCCUGUGACAGGGAAGCUACUGGCGGCUCUCGGCAGCACUCUGGACUUGAGCUGCUGCAAGCGACUCAAAAGAGCACCUUUUACACUUACUCACGAUCCCCUUUGCCUUAGGUGAAGCCCCCACGUCUGCACCUGCAUUCACAUGGAGAUAUUGUGGGGUCCUGUUUUUUUAUUUUUAAUUAUGUAUUUUUUUACUGGACAACGAUGCUGUGCUGAAGGACUCGGAGUUUGCCAAAUUCCCAACUGUCAAGAAAACACGUUACCCUUUUGCCUGUUUUUAUUUAAUCCGCAACAAGAGCCACCCCAGGGUUAUGCAGUUGAGCGCCAUGAAAACGGGUCACACAAACGCCUUAGUUGCCUCAGCGGACAUGCACAACAUCCUAAAAUACUGUCCGGGACAGUGAAGUCUUAUUUGCCGUCCCGGGGGGGGGGAAGCUGAGGUAUUUCCUUUUCUCCUACGCCAUGUUCUUUCUUUUCCAGGCAACUGUCACACAAGAGAACUACCGUAGUAUCUCGAGGCUGGCGGCGGCGGCGGCAGCUCAUGUUCCAGGAUAUAAUCAGUAUCUCUAAAACAAGUACGUGUGCCAGAUAAACUUGAUGCCAUAGCUAUUGUCUUGAAGGGAAGGGGGGUGGGUUAGCAUUGCAGCUGAGGGAAAACAGAGCAUCGUGUGUCUCAUCACUUUAUUACCGCGUCUUUCGUCACGCAACAGUUAUGUCAUUUCAUGGGAACGCAUGACACGACAAGAAAAAACAACUCCUAAAUGCCUUUAUUUUUAGCCACAGACUUUAUUUAUUGGUGUUUUAUUUGUACCUAAAGUUUGACAUUACAGAAUACAGUAGAUCCCUGCCCAGCAAUCCAGUAGUCUUACUUGUUCACUCAACAUUUUCCAGCAGGAUGACGACUUGUCAAGACGUGAUGUUGUGUAAAUGCAAUGCUGUAUACUGACUGCAUGCCUGUAAUGGUUUCUUUAUGCGGAAAACUCAAUUUCAUCGCAGUGAGAGGUUAUAGUGUUUAGAGCUGCAACUGUUCGAUUGAUCCACGAUUAAUCGAUUUAUCCAAUUAAUCGACAAUUGUUUCAGUAUUGGAUUAAUCGCUUUUUUAUGUAAAAAUGUAAUAUCCUUUGUUUUCAGUCCCAAAUGAGAAUUAAAAAAAAACAAAAAACUUCCUUAGCCAUUCAUGAAAGCAGACCUAUUAUCUAGACCAAGGGUCACCAACGUGGUGCCCGCGGGCACCAGGUAGCCCCCCACGACCACAUGAGGUGCCCGCAAGGCUGCUUUUCAUUCAGGUUUUCAGUCAAUAAUGAAAGAACAAUAGAAAGAAAUGCAUUCUGAAAUACAAAAUGUGACUUGUGGACACCAGCAUUUUGUUCAUGUUCUGGUAAAACAAGCAUAUUCGCUUUGUUUGGCUUUAAAAUAAGCUCUGAAAAUAAAUGUUACAAAAAUGAGUAGCUCUUGGCCAUUUUCAUUUUGUAAAAGUAGCUCUCACAAGGAAAAACGUUGGUGACUCCUGAUCUAGACAUUCACACAGAAAACAGUGAUCGACAUUUUUGCUUCAUUUCUGCUUUGUUGUGGGCCAAACCACUAACUGUUGUGGUUUGGUUUAAGUUGGUUUGUGUUGUUGAUUAAUCGAAACAAGCUUCGGAUUAAUCGGCUAAGAGUUGCAGCCCUACUACGAUUUAGAGCAGGGAUUCUCAACCGGUGGGUCGGGACCCAAAAGCGGGUCACCGGUCUUUGCCUGGGGGGCAAUAAUAUAACAAGCCAAUGCACCUGGUGUUCUUGUCUCGUUACGCCGAGUGUGGACUUAACAUGCCGUCCGUCCGACACACAGCUGCAGAUAUCUGCUGGAGAAGAGCGCAUUAUAAAAAGCUAUAUAUGUUGUGUUGCAAACAGUCCCUUUUAAAUGUAAGAUAUUUGAGAAGUUUGAGUUGUAAAAUUUCCGCAAGGGGAUCUACUGUAUUGUGCAUCGCGCCUCACGGUGCCCUUGUGGUUGGCACGUCAGCCUUCGGGUUGGAAACUCUAUCGGGACAUCUCUGUGCGGAGUUUGCUUGUUCUCCCCAUGCGAGCGUGGGUUUUCGCCGGCUUCUUCCCACAUUCCAAAAAAAAAACAUGCAUGUUGGCUAAUUGAAGACUCUAAUGGUUGUUUGUCGAUGUGACUGACUGGUGACCAGUCCGGGCCGUACCUUGCCACUGUACCCUCAGAUGGCAUCGCUCACCCAUGACCCUACUGAGGACAAGCGGUAUAGAAGGAUAGAUAUACAGAGGUCUUGGCUUUUAAAAAUAAGGGACAGUCUUUCCUUCAUAUUGUGAGUGUUGGUAUGAAGAGUCGCAGUUGAACAUAAGCGGCGGACGUGUAAAUCGAAGAAUUGGAUGGAUGAUUUUAAUACCUCAUCUUAUGAAGAUCUUGUGUGUGAUGCUUCCUUUCAAGGUGUCGUUCAGUCACCUCGCCAAUGCCACAUUUGAUUUGCCAAAUACACAGUCCCGGGCACUUUUGUGUUGUUUUGGGGCACAUUGAUGAUGGUGUUGCUUUCCAGCUGUUUAUUGGUCAUCAUUUAAAAUGCAGAGAAAUCAUGUUAGUUUAUACCAAAGACAAUGACCACUGUAAACAUCUCUCUGUUGAUCACAUAUCACAUGAGUAAAAGAGCCUGAGCAGGAGGAACUUUCAUAGCUACUUCUGUCUUUCUUAUUACGUUUUAUUCAGCAGGAGAGCUAAGUCCUUUUGUUUACACCCACGUGAGCUUGAGGAAAAAUGUAUGGAAGCCCAAUACCCCAAUAGUAAUUCAUAAUUAGGAGACAAAAAGUGCAAAUUAUAACACAAGAAAGUCACAAUUAUGUGAUUUAAAACUCAAAAUUAGCAGAUAAAAAGUUUAAAUUAUGAGAUAAAAAGUAACUAUUAGCUAAAAAGUCAAAAUUAUGAGAGUCAUUAUGAGAUAAAAACUCUAAAUUAUUAGAUAAAAAGUUGAAAUUAUGAGAAAGCAAUAAUUAUGAGAUAAAAAGUUGAAAUUACGAGAUAACGUAAUAAUUAUGAGAUAAAGUUGGAACUGAGAUAAAAAGUCAUAACUAUGAAAUAAAGUCAAAAUUAUGAGUCAUAACUAUGUGAUUAAAAAAUCAAAAUUAUUAGAUAAAGAGAGGUCAUAAUUAUGAAAUAGGAAAACCAUAAUUAUGACAUAAAAACUCAUAAUUAUGAGGUAAAAUGUUGAAAUUAUGAGAUAAAAAGUCAAUGAAACUGUGCAUGUGCCGAGGGCCAUGUGACCAAGGCUCCAAUGAAGAAGGUGACAUAAUUACCUCAUGAUUAUGACUUUUUGCGACUUUUAUCUCGUAAUUUUGACUUUUUAUCUCCUAAGUAUGACUUUCCUAUCUCAUAAUUAUGACUUCCCAUUGGGAUGUUAUUUUUCCUUUCAGUGGCGGAAACGGGCUUCCAUAAAAAUGAGACAGGAAGAAGUGAAACCUCUAAAACGCCUCAACAGUCUACAACGUGCCUAAGAUGAACAAUGAAGCAAUCAUAAUUCAAGUCCAGUUUAUUCAUUUAAUUUCUAAGAUGAAAUCUAUUGUUUUCAUUUGUAGUUUUUGCAAGUUUUUUAAAAUUUUGUUUCCCUUUUGGUCACGGAUGCUGGAGUCAUUUGAAUGUACAUACUGUAUCUUGUGUACUAAUAAAUGCAUAGGAGAACGACAUCAACAUUAGUGGGCACUAACAGAUGGACACUUGGAGUCUGGUUUUGUAUGCAUGCCAGAGUGAAGGCAACAAGUACAUGGGUUGAUCCGUUUCUAAUAAAAUAGAAAUGACACCAAUACAGCUUCAGCUCUGCUGCUUCUUUUUGACCUCCGCCAAGCGCAGCGCGGAGGUUAUGUUUUUGUUUGUUUUUCUGUUUGUGUUCAGAAUAACUUGAAAAGUUAUCAAUGGAUUUGGAUGAAAUUUUCAGGAAUUGUCGGAACUGAUUACAUUUCGGGGGUGAUCCGGAUCACCGUCCGGAUGCAGGACUUUUUGAAAGGAUUCUUUAACAUGGCGAGAUGGGACCAUUUUCAGCAUUUGUGCAUGUAACCCCACAAAAAAUGGUCAGAGCACUUAUACAGGACAAGUUUCCAACAGGUUCUGGGAGGAAGGAGGGUCAAGAGUAAACGUACUUAUUAGGAAAAAAGUUGUAAAUUUAUGAGAAAAAAAUCGUAAUAUUAUGAGAAUAAAGUCGUAAAUUUAUUAGAAAUUGAUUUUUCACCCGAAAUGAACCGAACCACGACCUUAAAGCCGAGGCACGUACCGUGACGGUGAUUAUGGCGUACCGUUACGCACACACACACACACACACACACACACACACGGCAUGUUAUGAUCAGGCUUACCCUGCACUGUAAGAAAACUACACCCGAAGCAACUAAAAAAAAAAUAUCACACAGAACAUGAAAUUGCCUCGGUUCUCUACUCUCACCCGCUGCACGCUGUGCUUUUUACAUGACUCUCCAUGCACUCCCUGUAAACUGGGGGCUCGGACAGUGCCGAGGAAGGUAAUGAUGAUCACUGGGGCGGUAAUGACAUCAAAUGGAGGAAAUACUCAAUAAAGCGGCAGAUGAUUCAGUGACCCCUCAGUGCCUCACUGGAGCUCCCACUCUGGCACGAGUCAGCUCUCCCUUCUCUGACGGUCUGCCCUAGUGGUGUCAUUAAAAGAAAAUAAAAGUAUUUUGUUAUCGUGCUGACUUUGAGGCCGGUAUAUCAAACAGAACCAUUGAUUUAUUUGCACGGCGCGUGCUCACCUUCGUGUUUAGCCAUGAGUUAUUUUUGGAAUUCAGUCAUGUUUCUCACCUCAAGUCUCUGCUUUUUACUUUUGAUCACAGCUGCAGAAUAACCCAAAAUGGAGCUGAAGCAUUUUGUUAAAGAAGGUGAGAAACACUGUUGAAUUCAAGAAAUAACUCAUGGCAAAACCGGAAGGUGGUGUCCCUGUUGAUCUUGCUGCCGCAUUGUCUUUUGUCAAAAAUCACGUCUUCAAUGAAGGUAAACGUAACCUGAGAUGUCCAUUUAUCCCUUUCAUUGGUUGUUUUUAUGCAUUUUGGAUUGUUUCAUAUAUGUAAAUCUAUAAUUGUAAAACUAUGUUGUGUAUUAACAUUUUUGAGACUUUUGGCAUGAAUGUGCCAAUUGUCUCAGAAGUUAAUCAUUCAAAUUAUGGUUUCCAAAUGCCCAGUGUCUUUCUUUACUUAUUGGAUUGUUAAAC